AUGGAAGGGAGGGGACAGUUCUCCUGCGGUGGCAAACACUGCGACAAUAGGGAUGGCCUCAAGAGUUGGGAAGUUUUGUUUAAAUACCGAGAAUUGGGUGAACAGAAGAGCGCUUUAGUGAAACUCCGUUUGUGUGCCGACUGUUCACCAAAACUCAAUUAUAGACACAAACGCAGAGAAAUUCAAAGACUUAAGAAGUCACACAAAAAGAGUAAAACCGAUGAUACCAUCACUAAUGACAGUGAAGUCGCUGUCAGUACAUCCCAUGAACCAGAAGUUAGUUCUUCUGUAAAGAGUGUUUUGGAUGUCAAUGAGACGAGUGGUGCGAAUGAGAUUUGGACCAAACCACAGGUCAUCCCCGAUACUGACCAACCCAUUGAUGAUGAGUUUGACAGAUAUUUAGAUGACUUAUUGUUAUAG